GUUGUUGCAUUUCGUCUUUCAGCCCGACCCAGCAGCUGUCGCCAGCCGGGAUCCAGGCCCCCAGCGCCCCUCGUCCGCAUUCGGUGUCAUCGCCUUUUUCGCUUUGUCUGGAUCGGUAUUGGGAGCGCCAUUUGGGCGGGCUCAGAUGUCGCAGUCCAAGCAAACCGCCAACCAUGGACCCACCUGCACUGCUCCAGACAAUGCGCCAAUCACAAUUCUGCGAUGGCACAACUGGGGCAAUCAACAGUCGCUCUCAUUCAUCCAGACCCUCCCAUUUUCAUAUUCAUACAGCAUCACAAUCCUCGAGACGAAAUGCAGAACACCGCUAACCAAUAAAGUGUAGUGCCAUGGUCUUCACUGCCUAGAUAUUAUUCUGGAAUUCGUUGACAUGAAACAAGGAUGGCCUCUCGGCUUGACCGACUCGUCAGCAUCCUCGAAACCGGCAGCACCCGACUAAUUCGGGACACCGCUGUCAACCAGCUUGCUGACUGGCAAAAGCAGCACCCCGAUGAGCUGUUCAACCUUUUGACUCGGGUCGUCCCUUACCUCCGACACAAGGAUUGGGAAACCAGGAGCACUGCCGCCAAAGCGAUAGGCAAGAUCAUCGAAAAUGCGCCCCUUUAUGACCCUAAUGCGGACGACGCAUUCCCCCCAGAAGAGGAGAAUGGGUUCGUCAAGAAGGAAGAGCAAAAGGAUUCCAUCCUCGACCAGGAGGAAUAUUUUGCCCUCGAUGCCCUUGACGUCUCCGCCAUCCUUAGAUAUGGCCGACCGUUGCUCCGUGGUGGCACGGUGGACCUCGCGCUCGCCGCCCUAGAUCCGCAGAAGCGGCUGGUUCAUCAACAAAAAACACUAAAUGGCCGGCUUGGACUCCUUGGCCGGGCAUUCGAGGACGACGAGAUGCCUAUAAUUGCCGAGCAUGCGAUCAGCCCCGAAGCCCUGCACGACGCCACAGGCACCACAAACGGCUUUGGACGCCAGGACAGCGUGGUCAACGAGAGCCAAGGCCAAAACCAGGACGAGAGUAAACUGAGCACACGACAACUGAACGUCCUGAAGAGGAAACGCAAGCGGGAGGCUCAGAAGGCCGCCCAAGGGAAGAGCGGGUUCGGCGACCUGACCCUCCGACGGACGACCACCGCGGGAUCUGACGGGUUCGACGACACCUCCAUGCCCGAUGCUGACUCGAAGAAGAACGGCAAGAUGUCCGAUUACUUCAGCCUCGAUCGGCCCAGCGACGUGGACGAAGAGUCCAAGGUCGUGUCCGAAUUCAAAGGGCCCAUUCUCCCCAUAAAAUCCGAGCUCGAGGUCGACCAGGACAUGGAGGGGGGCGAAUGGCCAUACGAGCGGCUCUGUGAAUUCCUGAAGAUCGAUUUGUUCGAUUCUCAGUGGGAGACACGCCACGGUGCCGCCAUGGGCCUACGGGAGAUCAUUCGGGUUCACGGGGGCGGCGCCGGGCGGCGUCGUGACAGAUCGCGCAAGGGGAACACGGAGCUCAACCGUCAGUGGCUAGAUGACUUGGCCAGCCGCCUCUGUUGUGUGCUCAUGCUCGACAAGUUCACCGACUACAGCUCCGACACAUCGGUAGCUCCAAUUCGGGAGACGGUUGGUCAGACCCUUGGAUCCGUUCUCCGCCACAUUCCGACGCAGUCGGUUUACGCCAUUUAUCGAUUGCUAUACCAGAUGGUUAUGCAAGAAGACCUACAGCUUGAACAGAACGUCUGGGCCGUUUGCCAUGGAGGCAUGGUCGGCCUGAGAUAUGUUGUCGCCGUGCGCAAGGAUCUCCUCCUCCAAGACGGGGACAUGAUCGACGGCGUUAUCCGUUCUGUCAUGAAAGGCCUGGGCGAUAUCGACGAUGACGUCCGCUCAGUCAGCGCUGCAACCCUAAUUCCGAUGGCCAAGGAAUUCGUCACGAUGCGGCGAGGAGCACUAGACGGCCUUAUCAACAUCGUCUGGGAGAGCCUCUCGAAUCUGGGCGAUGACUUGAGCGCCUCGACUGGCAAGAUCAUGGACCUGCUUGCGACCCUCUGCAGCUUCCCCGAAGUCUUGGAAACUAUGAAAGUCUCCGCUUCGCAAGAUGAGGAGCGAUCGUUUACUCUGCUUGUUCCCCGACUUUACCCCUUCUUGCGGCAUACCAUCACGUCGGUGCGACUUGCCGUGCUGAAGGCCUUGAUGACUUUUGCGAACCUCGGCGGCGAGACGUCUCAAGGCUGGCUCAACGGGAGAAUCUUGCGUCUCAUCUUCCAGAAUAUCCUGGUCGAGAGAGACCAGAACACGCUCAGCAUGUCUUUGGAUUUGUGGGCUGCCCUUGUGCGCAAUCUCGCCAAGGACCCAGCCAUUCUCGCCGACGAAUUCGAGGCGCAUGUGGAACCGCUCAUGCAGUUAACACUCCAUCCCAUCGGUGUCCCGCGGCAUCCCAUCCCCAUGAACGGGACCCUUUUCCAAAAGCCAUCAGGCGGAACAUACUCCUUGCCUGGCCUCGCUCCCAUCCCAAGCAGGCGGCCAUCGCCUCCUGAGGGCGAGAGAGUCACAAAACGGCGUAGGAAGUCGACCAAGGUGGACGACAUUCCCGCAAGCACGCAAAGCCACGAUGUUGACGGCCACAUGAUGCAAGGCGACGUUGAUUUGGUGGGCAUGGAUGUCCUCGUCCGCUCCCGUGUCUCCGCCGCCAAGGCCAUGGGCCUCAUCAUGUCCUUCAUCCCGACCCCCGACCUGGGAUCGUAUGACAGCAACGUCCUGCAAGGUCUUAUCUCUCCGUUCGCGUCGACCCAGCUUUCUGCCUCCAUGGUUAUCGGCGAGUACGCGAGUAAUUGCUCAGCGAGUAAUGCAGCCGCGCGCUUUGUCGAUCCCCUACAAAAGAUGAUCGACCAGGAGCGGCCAUCGCAUUAUCGGGACUUGGUGAGCUUUGUUCACAGGGUACGCUCGCAGUCGCAGCAGCUCAUCAAUCUCUUCCGUGAUCACGGCAAAAUCUCUCACAACAAACUACCGACGCUUGCUGUUGUGGUCCAAGGCGAACCCGAGGCAGGUCCAGGCGCAUUCUCUGUCGCAAACGCGGAGAAGGUUGUGGCCGAUGACUUUGACAAGCUCAAAAAGGCAAUGGCGCCUGGGCAGAGGCUGAUAGCGCUUCCUCAGCUCAACGAGGCUCGCGACGCGACGGUCUCGGUGAUCGAGGAGGCAAAAGCGGCGAAGGAAGCUCGUGAUGCCCGCAUCCGCGCCGCGGCCGCUUGCGCCUUGGUCGCCAUGAAGGUUUUGCCCAGGAAGCCGAGCCCCCUCAUCAAGGCCAUCAUGGACAGCAUCAAGACGGAGGAGAACCAAGAGCUCCAGGGCCGCUCCGCCUCGACAAUUGCGCGCCUUGUGCAGCUGUUUACCGAGUCUGGCCGCCGCGGCCCAGCCGACAAGGUGGUUGCGAACUUGGUCAAGUUCUCUUGCGUCGAGGUUGCAGAAACCCCCGAGUUUCCCAAUCAUGCCCUUAAGACGAGCGUUAUUCUCUCGAUGCAAAAGGAAGAGGACCGUGUUGACCAUCCCGAUGCGGCCAAGUUCGCGCGAGAAGCAAAAGCCGCCCGAAUCACUCGCCGCGGUGCCAAAGAAGCACUGGAGAUACUCUCUCAGACGUUUGGGUCCGAUCUCCUGACUCGCGUCCCUAGCCUGCAGGCCUUCAUGGAGGAGCCCCUCGUAAAAGCCUUCUCCGGCGAGCUGCCGCCGGAGGCCAGGGAUCCGGAGAACACAUUUGGCCAGGAGGUCGUUGAUGCCAUGUCUGUGAUCCGGACGAUGACCCCAACAUUGCACUCGGCCCUUCAUCCUUUCGUCAUGCGGCAGAUGCCUCUGGUGAUCAAGGCUCUACAAUCCGAGCUGUCCGUCUUCCGCUACAUGGCGGCCAAAUGCGUGGCGACUAUCUGCAGCGUUAUCACGGUCGAGGGUAUGACAGCGUUGGUGGAGAAGGUUCUGCCGACGAUCAACAAUCCCGUGGAUCUCAACUUCCGCCAGGGCGCGAUCGAGGCCAUAUAUCACCUCAUCGCCGUAAUGGGCGACGCCAUUCUCCCCUAUGUCAUCUUCCUCAUCGUGCCCGUGCUGGGUCGGAUGAGCGAUUCGGACAACGAGAUCCGGCUCAUUGCUACUACGUCCUUCGCUACGCUAGUGAAGCUGGUUCCGCUCGAGGCCGGUAUCCCCGACCCCCCUGGCCUGUCGGAGGAGCUGUUGAAGGGCCGCGAUCGCGAGCGCACGUUCAUCGCCCAACUGUUAGAUCCCAAAAAGGUCGAACCGUUCAAAAUCCCGGUGGCUAUCAAGGCCGAGCUUCGCUCCUACCAGCAAGACGGUGUCAACUGGCUCCACUUCCUCAACAAGUACCACCUGCAUGGUAUCCUUUGCGACGACAUGGGCCUCGGCAAGACUCUCCAGACAAUCAGCAUGGUGGCCAGCGAUCAUCACCAACGUGCCGAGGAGUUUGCCAGGACGGGCGCACCCGAUGUCAGAAGACUUCCGUCUCUGGUUGUCUGCCCACCCACACUCUCUGGGCAUUGGCAGCAGGAGAUCAAAGCGUACGCUCCGUUCCUCAGCGUCACGGCCUAUGUCGGCCCCCCAGCCGAGCGCAAGGCCAUGAAGGAUAGACUGGACAAGACGGACAUCGUGAUCACUUCUUACGACGUCUGCCGGAACGAUAUCGAUGCGAUUGAGAAAUAUAACUGGAACUACGUUGUCCUCGACGAAGGUCACUUGAUCAAGAACCCGAAGGCGAAAAUCACGAUGGCGGUCAAGAGACUGGCGAGCAACCAUCGGCUCAUCCUGACGGGGACUCCGAUCCAGAACAACGUUCUCGAACUUUGGUCUCUCUUCGACUUUUUGAUGCCGGGCUUCUUAGGCGCAGAGAAGGUCUUCCUCGACCGGUUUGCGAAGCCGAUCGCGAACAGUCGCUACAGCAAGGCUUCGUCGAAGGAACAGGAGGCGGGGGCGCUAGCCAUCGAGGCUCUACACAAGCAAGUGUUACCUUUCCUCCUGCGCCGUCUCAAGGAGGAGGUCCUCAACGAUCUCCCGCCCAAGAUCCUCCAGAAUUACUACUGCGACCUCAGCGACCUGCAGCUGAAGCUGUUUGAGGACUUCACCAAGAGGGAAGGACAGAAACUCUCGGAGCAGGCUGGCAAGGAAGACAAGGACGCCAAGCAACACAUCUUCCAGGCGCUGCAGUACAUGCGCAAGCUCUGCAACUCGCCGGCGCUCGUCAUGAAGCCGGGCCACAGGUCCUACGACGAUACGCAGAAGUUCUUGGCCAAGCAAAACACGAGCCUCGAGGACCCAACGCACGCGCCCAAACUGACGGCUCUCCGGGAUCUUCUCGUCGACUGCGGCAUCGGUACCGAAGGGCAAGAGUCGUCGGACCCGCUGUACACGCCCAUCAAGCCGCACAGAGCUCUCAUCUUCUGUCAGAUGAAGGAGAUGCUCGACAUGGUGCAGAACACGGUUCUGAAGAGCAUGCUUCCGGCAACGCAAUACCUCCGGCUGGACGGUUCGGUGGAGGCGAACAAGCGGCAAGACAUUGUCAACAAGUUCAACAGCGACCCGUCGUACGACGUGCUGCUGCUAACGACGAGCGUGGGCGGGCUGGGGCUGAACCUCACGGGGGCGGACACGGUCAUCUUUGUGGAGCACGACUGGAACCCGCAGAAGGACCUGCAGGCCAUGGACCGGGCGCAUCGCAUCGGGCAGAAGAAGGUGGUCAACGUGUACCGGCUGAUCACGCGCGGCACGCUCGAGGAGAAGAUCCUCAGCCUGCAGCGGUUCAAGAUCGACGUGGCCAGCACGGUGGUGAACCAGCAGAACGCGGGCCUGGCGACGAUGGACACGGACCAGAUCCUCGACCUGUUCAACCUCGGCGAGUCGGGACCGAGCCUGAUAGCAGAGAAGGGCAAGGAGAAUAUCGAAGGGCGCGAGGAGGACAUGGUGGACAUUGAGACGGGCGACGUCCGGCAGCCGGGCAAGAAAGCCGCGUGGCUCGAGGGCUUGGGGGAGCUAUGGGAUAACACGCAGUACGAGGAGAGCUUUGACCUGGAUGGUUUCUUGAAGACCAUGCAGUAG